AUGGUCAAUUUCGGCCAACCUAGCGGUUUCCAAAAUGUCACGGUAAUCGGCGGAGGCUUUAUGGGAGCUGGCAUUGCUGAGGUAAGGGGCUUUAUAGAAUAGAUUUUUUUGUAAAAUACGAAACAUUUAUUACAUCGAUUUCUUGUAAAAUAUGAAGAUCUGUAUAUUUGAGUAUGUGCAAUAAAAAAAGGUUAAAAAAUUAAGUAAUUUUAGGCAUUUGCAGCCAAAGGAUUUGAUACAACCGUAUACGAUUUGGAUGACAAAGCAGUAUCUAGAGCCAAGAAAAAAAUUGAAGUAAGCAUCAGGAAAGCCCACAAAGGUCGAUUUGAAACUGUAAGAACAUUGAGUAUUUUAUAUACAUUUUAUUUUGUAUACAUGUAAUGUAAGCUUUAGAGUCGGAGCUGCUCUGGAGCCGGCUCUGGAACUCUUAACAAUUCUGUUUGUAUAAGUAAGUAUAUAUGUACAUGUACAUAUGACUAAUUUCAGGACAUCCACAACUACAAUUUGCAUGUUUUUUCGCAUUUAAAAUUUUCGACAAAUUUCGAGAAUUCAGUGAAGAACGCUGAUCUUGUAGUAGAAGCCAUUCCCGAGAACCUAGAAUUAAAACAGAAUUUGUUUGCAAGGUUAGAAAAAAGAUGUGCUCCGUCUACGGUAUUCGCUACAAAUACAUCGUCACUCUUGUUGAAACAGAUGAGUGAAAAGAUGCAGAACAAAUCUAGGCUUGGAGGGCUACACUUCUUCUUUCCCGUACCCCAAAGUGGAGUUGUUGAGGUAGGUUUGUAGUAAAAAUAAUAAGAAAAGGGCCUGACCUGCCUUCCUCUGAUUGAUUUUAAACUCUUUUUAUAGAAAAAGCAUAUAUUUUUUGUGUUUUAGGUUAUGAAAAGUGAGUACACAAGCGACGAACUCUUCCAACGACUGGUCAAAGUUGCUGUAGAAUUGGGAAAACAUCCGUUAAAGUGCAAGGUAAAUUAAAAAACAAAAAUACUUACUUUAUUAAUUGUACUCUCAUACACCUUCAUUAGGUCAAUAGUACCACUUUAAACCAUUUUUUGUUUUAGGACACUCCAGCUUUCAUAGUGAACAGGAUUAUCAACGUAAUGUUUGAUCAAGCCUUCCAAAUGGUAGAAGACGGUAUUUGCUCGGUAGAAGAUGUUGAUAUUGGAUUAGAAAAAGCCAUGGGACAUCCAAUCGGACCUUUUAAAACUUUGGACAGAAUUGGGCUUGAUACUGCCAAAAAGGUUCGAGAUGGUACGUGACUAAGCUUUUUUUUAAUUUUUUUACAUUUUAAUUAAUUUUUCAUUUUAAAAUUUUGAAGUUUAAAUUUUUGUUUUAAUUUUUGGCUUUAAUUUUUUUAUUAAAAUUAUUUUUCAGAAAUUGCUCGUCUUUAUCCUGACCUAAUCAAAGUGCGUAGUAACAGUAUAUUGGACAAGCUGGUCAAAGAAGGUCAUUUGGGAGUGAAGACUGGCCAAGGCUUCUACAAAUACAGCAAAAAGGCUAAAUUGUAA